UCAGCACAAAUUGAAGUGAUACCAUGCAAAAUUUGUGGCGAUAAGUCCUCUGGAAUCCACUACGGAGUUAUCACAUGUGAAGGCUGCAAGGGAUUCUUUCGAAGGAGCCAGCAGAACAAUGCUUCUUACUCCUGCCCAAGGCAGAGAAACUGUUUAAUUGACAGAACGAACAGAAACCGAUGCCAACAUUGCCGGCUGCAGAAGUGUCUUGCCCUAGGAAUGUCUCGAGAUGCUGUCAAAUUCGGGAGGAUGUCCAAGAAGCAGAGGGACAGCCUGUACGCAGAAGUACAGAAGCAUCAGCAACGGCUUCAGGAACAGAGGCAGCAGCAGAACGGGGAGGCAGAGGCCCUUGCCAGGGUCUACAGCAGCAGCAUCAGCAAUGGCCUGAACAACCUGAAUAACGAGACAGGAGGCACCUACUCCAACGGGCACGUCAUUGACCUGCCAAAGUCCGAGGGUUAUUAUAACGUGGAUUCGGGCCAGCCGUCCCCAGAUCAGUCAGGACUGGACAUGACUGGAAUCAAACAGAUAAAGCAAGAACCUAUCUAUGACCUCACUUCUGUACCCAACUUGUUUACCUAUAGCUCUUUCAACAAUGGGCAGUUAGCACCAGGGAUAACCAUGACUGAAAUAGAUCGAAUUGCACAGAACAUCAUUAAGUCCCAUUUGGAGACGUGUCAAUACACCAUGGAGGAGCUACACCAGCUAGCCUGGCAGACUCACACGUAUGAAGAAAUUAAGGCAUAUCAGAGCAAGACCAGAGAGGCAUUGUGGCAACAGUGUGCUGUUCAGAUCACUCACGCAAUCCAAUACGUGGUGGAGUUUGCGAAGAGGAUCACAGGUUUCAUGGAGCUCUGUCAAAAUGAUCAGAUCCUGCUCCUGAAGUCAGGUUGCUUGGAAGUGGUUUUAGUGAGAAUGUGUCGUGCCUUCAACCCAUUAAACAACACUGUUCUGUUUGAAGGAAAAUAUGGAGGAAUGCAAAUGUUCAAAGCCUUAGGUUCUGAUGACCUGGUGAAUGAAGCAUUUGACUUUGCAAAGAAUUUAUGUUCCUUGCAGCUGACAGAGGAAGAGAUUGCCUUGUUCUCAUCCGCUGUGCUAAUAUCUCCAGACCGAGCCUGGCUGAUAGAACCUCGGAAGGUCCAGAAGCUUCAGGAGAAGAUUUAUUUUGCGCUUCAACAUGUGAUUCAGAAAAAUCACCUCGAUGAUGAGACUUUGGCAAAGUUGAUAGCCAAGAUACCAACUAUCACGGCAGUUUGCAACUUGCACGGAGAGAAAUUGCAGGUAUUUAAGCAAUCUCAUCCUGAUAUAGUGAACACACUGUUUCCUCCAUUAUAUAAGGAGCUUUUCAACCCUGACUGUACCACAGUCUGCAAAUGA